GCUCUUCGUUAUAAACAGAAAUCGACACAGUUCAAAGCCCUAAAAACAAAGCGAAGUGCAGAAUCUGCAGAUCAAAAGCAAGAAAAUUCUGAGAUAACAAGUGAGAAAAGAUUGAUUCAUCAAAAACCCAUUCGGAUUGCUCAGAUGGCAUCACGUACUGUUGGUUUGAUUAAAGAUCAGAAUUUAGAUGUUCACUACAAUGGUGCCUCUGGUGUGGGCAAGGCAAAUAUUUCCAAAGCUCCUAGGAAAGCUGGUGUUGGGGGAAGGAAACCACUUGGUGAUUUAUCAAAUUCAGUGAACCCGACCCCAAACCGAACAUCAAAAAAGGAGAAUUCUAAAGUACUUUCGUUCACUGAGAAAGACAGCUGUGCCUCUAAACUCACACAUGAUUCAAGCAAGAAGAAGAGUGUCUCUAAAGCCUCAGAGAAAGUGCAAGCUGGUGGCAGGAAAGCUCUCUCUGACAUUUCAAACUCGGGUAAGCCACACUUGCAGGAGACAUCAAAGAAGAAUCAAACUGCGAAGUUAACCAUUUUGGCAGAGGAUCCAAGUCAUCCCAAAGAUAUUGCAGAGGAAGGAUUUCUGCACAAUCAUGAAGAAUGCAUCAAAGCGCAGAAAGGAGCUAUAAGCAUGAAAGAAUUUUUGCGGAUACUUGGAUUAGAUGAUUUCUCCAAACAGUCUGCAUCUACAAAAGAACCUCCUUUGUCAAACAAAAUGAUGUACAUGAGUCCUCCAAGGGACUUUGAACCCUUAGAGAUGACCAAGCUGCUGAUUGAAGAUCCAUCUCCUCCAAAGCAUAAGAUGUCGAGGAAACUGGACUCUGCCCCACCUAGUCCAGAGCCACUGGAUCAUUAUAUCCACUGGAAUGAUCCCGAGUACAUUCCCAGUUUCAAGUUGAUAGAAUCACCAUAACAGUCAAAACAUUGAUUUCCUUUGCCUGUUUGUCAAUUCUACCUGGUAGCAUAUGAGUAGCAGUAACCCAAGUAUUUCAAAUUCCUUUUAUUGUGGCUUGUACUGGACCACCGUUAUUUUGCUUAGUCGGUAAUCAUGUGGUAACAUCUGUUGCAUUCAGGUUUGGCUUCUUCAACUGUUGUUUCUGUAAAAACAGGUUGAAUUGGUGCUAUUCAGUUUCAUGUUAGGCCAGUAAUAUUUGCAGCAUUCAUCGAAUUUGACAUUGAUCCUGAUUACAGGGUAUGCAUGCACUCACUUUGAACAUGCAUCCCCCAGUAUAGCAG